UUUGAAUCUAUAAAUAUGAAGAAUGUCCUACACUGGUCAGCACCAGAAGGCACAGGAGAUGGAGUACUCUACAAGGUGAAGUAUUCAGUAUAUGGUGUUGGCAAAUGGAUUAAAAAAUCAGAAUGCAGGAAUAUCAGUAGAACAUGGUGUGACCUCUCCAGUGAAACAUCUGACUAUGAAGAACAAUACUAUGCGAGUGUUAAAGCCUUCCUACAUGGAAUGUGCUCUGACUGGAUAGAAACUACACGAUUCAACCCUCUCACAGAUACUAAAAUUGAUCCACCCAUGGUAAGCAUAUCUUCUACGGAUAAAUCUAUUUCAAUCAUUCUGACUGCUCCUGAGAAAUGGAAGAGAAAUCCCGAGGGAGAAUCCAUAUCUCUGGCUCAGGUAUAUCCUGGCCUGCAAUACAAUGUGUCUGUCCUCAACAAAAAAACAAAGAAACGGUGGUGGUUCUCCAUCAGCAACAACACCUUGGUUGUGCCUUGGUUAGAACCUGGAACAGCUUACUGUGUCAGUGCACAGAUACAUGUCACCACGCCGCUUUUAAAUAGUGGGUUUUCCAAAGAAUAUUGCAUUGCUACUUUGAAAGAAAAAACUGCAGAUCAGACUGUAACAGUCCUAUUUGGAUAUAUUCUGCCUAUCAUUCUGGUUGUCCUUUUUAUUUCAAUGGCAUGCUAUUGGGUGCACAGGUAUAUUCAUGUCAGCAAGCAGAAACAUCCAACAAACCUGGUAUGGCACUAUAGUGAUAAAUGCAAGGAAAGCGUUUUUAUACCUUGUGAAAAAAUAGUGGUCAACCUUAUCACUAUUAAUGUGGAUGAGUACAAGCCAUCUCGGGAAUCUAUUCAUCUGUCAAAAGGGAGAAGUCCCCAUUAUUGUACUGUUUACAAUGGCACUGAAGGGAAGAAUUUGCCUCUGGAAGAAGUGCUGGAAACAAAACAGUUGCUUGAUAUUUCACAUGAAAUGGAUAUUUUCUCAAAAGGGGACCAAACUAGGAACUGGCCAUCUUAUGGCCAGACUGUAAUUAAGAAUACUUUAAGCCAAAAAAAUCAAAGGAAUAUAGAGUAUGAACUUGAUGUAAGGGCUGAAGACUUCAGUCCCACUCAGAAACUAAUGGAAUUCCAUUUGAAAGAGAAGUCUUCUGCCCCUAUGGAACUGCUAGGUGAGCCACAUCUGGUGGGGGGCUUGGAUAAUAUUAAAAUAGGGCAGCCAUAUUGCCCCCAACUUGAGGUGAGGGCAGCAGAUCAUUGUUCGGGACAGAAACUAGAGGAACUUAAUUUGAAGAUGGUUCCUGCAGCAGAUAAAUUGCUGGGUGAGGCAUGUAUCAAUUUGGUGGAUUUGGAUUCUGAAAAAUCUGGGCAGACUUCCUAUCCUCCGCUGGAAACAACAGCACAGAGUCUCCAGGAUUCAGCUGCACCAAAGAACACAGAGAAAGAGAACGAACAGACCGUAUUAGUAGAUUGGGAUCCUCACACUGGAAGGCUAUACAUUCCUACUUUGUCCAACAUUGAAAAUGAGGCAUGUGAAGCUGUAUUUCAGUGUGAGGAUCCUGACAAAGAGGGAAUUUUGUCCAGACUAUAUGAGAAACAGGUAUCUGAUGAAGCAGCAGAGGACCAAGAAAUGUAUCUUCUACAAUUCAAACAACAAUGGGAACUUCAUGUAGAAAUGGAAGACUGA